GGGGUGAUGCAACCCGAGCGAGAGGCAGAGGAGCGGGGAGCGGCCGGAGCGGCUCUCCCGGAGCAGAGGGAGCGGGCACCGGGACGGCAGCGCUGCCGGGAAGGGUGAGGAGCCCUUUCCAUCCCGCCGGGAAAACCAGCCGGAGCAGCGAGAGGAAGCAAAAUGAUGGUCCAACACUCAGGCCAGGUAUCUGCACUAGAAGUCAGCGCCUCCGCAAUUGUUCCCACUUUGUCCCCUGCAGGGUCACUGGGGUUUGAUGAUUUCACUAAUUUAACCCCACUGGUGAAAGAGGAACUGAGGUUCACCAUUCAGAAUAAGCGUCAGGCUCACAGGAUGUCUUCUACAUUGGACACGGUGACGGUUUCUGAAAGGCCAGUUGAAACAUCAAUCACGAAAACAGAGUUUUCUCCUGAAGAGGAUGAAAGGAAAAAGCGAAGAAGGGAAAGGAACAAAAUUGCUGCUGCAAAGUGCCGAAACAAAAAGAAGGAAAAAACAGAAUGUUUGCAGAAAGAAUCAGAAAAGCUGGAAACUAUCAAUGCAGAAUUAAAAGCCCAGAUUGAAGAGCUAAAGAAUGAGAAGCAGCAUUUGAUAUACAUGCUAAAUCUUCACAGGCCCACUUGUAUAGUUCGGGCACAAAAUGGAAGGACACCUGAAGAUGAAAGGAAUCUUUUUAUUCAACAGAUCAAAGAAGGCACAUUGCAAGGUUAAAUUAUAUGGCAAACAUGGAAACGUUUAUAGUGUUUUUAACAACUACCAGAAUCUGCGGAGGAUCUGACGUAAUGUGUAGGAUUCUAUUAGUCAAGAGCCUUUAGGGAGGGCAGGUUGCUUUCUUAAGUGGAAAGAAUCAUUUUGGCUUGACAGCAAUUCUUCCCCUUGGAAGAUCUGGUUGCAAUCAAAUCGAAGAGUCUUCUGCCUCAAAUAUAGGUUUUGCACCUGUCAUAAUUGCUGUUCCUAGGAGCUACGGACAACGGCUUCAGAAGUUUUAGCUCUCUGCUAGUAUACAGUAUCUGCACUCACGAUGUUCGUGCUAGAACACUAUGACUUCCAACAAUGCACAUGGUACAGACAGCUGUGCUGGAUGGACACUACUCUUCCUUGUUGCUGGUAGGGAAAGCAGACUGAGAGUAUUUUUUUAAGUUUUGGAGUUUCCAGGAGGAUGGUUCCUGGCAGAAUGUACUGAUACGUAAUGUUGCAUUCUAACCUAACACACGUAUACACAAACACACAAAAAGCCUUCAGUUCCAACUAAGCUUUGUCAUUUUUUUCACAACACCUGUGUGAGUUUUAUUCAAUGACUCAUCUCAGAGACUGAAUUUGAAAAGCCUAGUAGGUGUGACAAAGAAAUGUUUCUUGCAAAAUGUCCAUGUAGCUAAGUUUGUAUUUUAUGAGCUGGAACCCCACCUACAAUCCUUUGGAGACUACAGUUUUUCCUUGAAUUGCUGAAGAGCAGCUUGUACCACCACUUGGCAACUUGGUGAAUUGGACCUACUGGAAAGAGGAAGCUAACUGUAGAGGGAUAAUGAUACAGGCUUUGCCCAAGUAAAGAACUUCUGAAUCUCAGGCUCAUUAAUUACGAAAAGUUUUUUGGUUUUUUUUUUU